UGGAAGUGCAUGGGCAGCUGUGUCAUCACCCAAGCUGGGCUUUGGAGAUGAAGUGAGAGGGGUUUGUUACAGGCGUUGUUACCUGCUCACUGAAUGACGGUUCCACUAAUGGCAGCAGGAUUAUUUAUUUUAAACCCCUACGUCCUGCUCCCAGUGCAAGGUCACAGCAGGGAUUAUGUUGGGGAGCAUAGGCUGGACCUGUCAGUCAAACAGCGGCUAGGGCUCUGAGGCCACUUUGUGGAACUAACAGGGUUGGGAGCCCUAGUGAAGAACUGAAGAGGUCUCUAAAGAGGGUAUGUUUGUGGAAAGGUGUGGUGGAACAUGAGGCUUACAUGGGAAAGCUGUCCAUAUGCAGUGGGCUUCCAGUCUGUUGACAGGCGCUUGCGACAUGCUCACAGGAUUAGUGGCUCUGCGGACGUGAUGCCGUUGGCCUCUUAAAAUAGAGAGAGAUGGAGACGGUCAAGAAAACAAAAGCGCUGCGGCCACAAAGCAGUGAUUCAGAGUGGGACUGGACCUGACCCACAUCACAGACAAGCGCUCAAACGUACAGAAGUAAUUACUCGGAGCUGAGAUGGCAGUGGCAGGAGCUGAAGAAAUGCCCCGGCAGUUCCCCAAGAUCACCCUGAGUGAUGUGGAUGAGGAGGUGCGUCUGCUGGCAGAAAAAGUGUACGCCUCAGCGCUGAAGGAGGAAGAGAAUAAAGAUGCUCUCUCCAUGUACACGGUGCCUGAAGACUGUCCCAUUGGCCUGCAGCAGGCCAAGGACAGAGAGCUGCUCCGGGAACUGGCUGAACAGCAGUCUGAGGAAACUGCCAAGAGGAAGAAGAGUUUUAAGAUGAUCCGGUCUCAGUCCAUGUCCCUUCAAAUCCCAGUGACUGUGGAUUGGGCUCGAACUACAGUCACUCCACUCCUGUCCCCUGCUUCCACCUGCACCUCCAUUUCAGACAACUUCCCUGAAUACCAGAGAGUCACUAUCAGUGGAGAUUACUGUGCUGGGAUCACAGUUGAGGACUACGAGCAGGCCGCUAAAAGUCUGCUGAAAGCUUUAUUCAUCCGGGAGAAAUAUUCAAAGCUAGCUUACCACCGUUUCCCCCGGACCACUGCCCAGUUCCUUCGCAGCGCUGAGAACGCUAAGUGGAGGGAGGAAGAUGAAGUCUUGCCAGAUAUCUGCCCAUGCCCCCACAAGGGAGAGGACCCCUACAGCGUGGAGAACAUUCCAGAGAACCUGGGCUAUGAACUGAAAAUGAGGGAUGGGAUUAUAUAUGUGUAUGACAAUGCUGAGGCUCUCAGUAAGAACAGACCCCGCUGCCUGCCUUACCCAGACUUGGAGACGUUUGCCAUGGACCUGAGCCAUGUGCUGGCCAUGAUCGCUGAUGGUCCUACAAAAACGUACUGCCAUAGACGACUGAACUUCCUUGGAUCGAAGUUCUACCUGCAUGAGAUGCUCAAUGAGAUGGCUGAACUCAAAGAACUCAAGGGUGUGCCACACCGGGAUUUCUAUAACGUCAGGAAGGUAGACACUCACAUCCAUGCUGCGGCCUGUAUGAACCAGAAACAUCUGCUCAACUUCAUCCAGAGCACCUAUAACACAGAUGCAGAGCGUGUGGUGCUGGAAAAGGCUGGACAGAGACUGACCCUCAAACAGGUCUUCAACAACCUCAAUAUGGACCCCUAUGACCUCACUGUGGACUCUCUUGAUGUACAUGCUGGCAGACAAACUUUUCACCGCUUUGACAAGUUCAACUCCAAAUAUAAUCCAGUAGGUGCAAGCGAGUUACGAGAAAUCUACCUGAAAACUGACAACCAAAUCGAGGGAGAGUACUUUGCCCGCUUGAUCAAGGAAGUUGCUCAUGAUCUAGAGGAGAGUAAAUACCAGCAUGCUGAGCCCCGCCUUUCCAUUUAUGGUCGGUCCCCUGAGGAGUGGGAGAGCCUUUCUCAUUGGUUUAUCCAGCACAAGGUGCACUCCCCCAACAUGCGUUGGAUCAUCCAGGUGCCCAGAAUAUAUGACAUUUUUAAGUCGCGGAAGCUGAUUCCUAACUUUGCCAAGAUGCUGGAAAACAUCUUUCUUCCCCUCUUUGAGGCCACUGUGAAUCCUCAGAAGCACAAAGAGCUUCAUGUCUUUCUGAAAUAUGUGACGGGCUUUGACAGUGUGGAUGAUGAAUCCAAGCACAGCGAUCACAUGUUCUCUUAUAAGAGCCCCAAACCUGAGCAGUGGACCACAGACGACAACCCACCCUACAGUUACUACCUCUUUCACAUGUACGCCAACAUCAUGGUGCUCAACAAUCUGAGGAAAGAACGGGGCCUGAGCACCUUCCAGUUCCGACCUCACUGCGGCGAGGCUGGCUCCAUCACCCACCUGGUCUCAGCGUUCCUCACUGCAGACAACAUCUCUCAUGGCCUGAACCUGAAGAAGAGUCCCGUACUGCAGUACCUGUAUUACCUUGCCCAGGUGCCUAUUGCCAUGUCCCCUCUAAGUAACAACAGUCUGUUCCUGGAGUACUCCAAGAACCCACUGCGAGAGUUCCUGCACAAGGGCCUUUGUGUAUCCCUCUCUACUGAUGACCCCAUGCAGUUCCACUACACAAAGGAAGCACUAAUGGAAGAGUAUGCUAUUGCGGCCCAGCUGUGGAAGCUCAGCACAUGUGACUUGUGUGAGAUCGCCAGGAACAGCGUGCUGCAGAGCGGCCUGUCCCAUCAGGAGAAAAAGCACUUCCUUGGGGCCGACUAUUUGAAGGACGGGCCUGAGGGGAACGAUAUCCGGCGAACCAACGUGGCGCAGAUCCGCAUGGCCUACAGGCAUGAGACACUGUGCAACGAGCUCAGCUUUUUGGUGGACGCAGUGAAGUCUGAAGUCCUGGGUUCACAACCACAGUGACAAUGCUGCAUAUGUUCCCAAAAGACUGUACCUACACAUCCCCAUAGACACAUGCAUGCUGCCAUUUAGACGAGAUUGCAUGCAUCGGGGACAGCAGUGUGCUGGUAUUACUUGACAUUGCUGCUCAGGUUAAGGAAAAUAAGACCCUGUAGUCGACACCGUCUUCCAUGUCAAAGCAGGUACACGGAUGUCUGUGUACCGUUGCAUGCGAGUUUUGCGCUGAGCAACACAUCCUCCUAGCCUCGGAGGUAAAGCAGGACUCAGGAGAAAACAGGCAGUAGAAAAACAGGGGAGUAGCUCCCCCUUGUGGAAAUGUGGAGAAAUCAGUUUUCUAGAAGAUGAGCUUUGGAGGAGUAGUGAGAGAAAUUUGAUUAUGAAUGCAGACUAUAUAUUGUACUGUGGCCUUUAAUGUAAGCUUUCACAGCUAUUUGAAUGAGACUAGCUCAGGGGUAUCCAGUUCUGGUCACCCACACCUGCUAAACCCGAUAACUGGCGAGAUGAAAAGUGCGUUUGAGUAGAUACCUCACCAAACUGAUGUAUUAAGGCCCUCCAGAAUCAGAGCUGGACCCCCCUAAACUAGCUGGGCUACGUGUUGACUGAAAUCUGGUACCUUUCCACUGUCCACCUCAAUCCUACAGUGACACCACAGCCACUGUGAGUUAAGAUAUAAGCACUAGAACAGUGGUCACCAAUACUCUCUUGGAGAUCUGCAUUCCUGAGUUUAGUUCCAACCUGCAUUUAACACUCUGCUCCUCCCUUACCUAACACUGAUGCACCUGAUCCAGCCAAUCAAGGACUUCGGAAGAAGUAAAUUAGCUGGAGCAGGUGAGUCAGAUUGUAGUUGAAACUAGCAGUGUGUCCCAAUUCAGGGGCUGCGUCCUUUGGAGGCUGCAUUUGAAGGCUGAUAGCGUCACAGUGGCGCGACUAGACUGUCCCAUUUCGAAGGCUCCUUCAUAUGCGGGCCGAGAAACGUGUCCUUUUCAUGGUGACGAAGGACCCAACGGGUGCAUCCUUCACCAGCCAACGUAUCCGGAGGUUCAUUGCGUGCUGGCGAGGUAGCCAGCGGUGAAGCAUCCAGCUCUAAAAAAUGAAAAAUAAACAACUAAAAUCAAAGUUUCUGGCUCCCUCUUUAAAGAACUUGACAAGAGUGGCGUUUCGUGAUGCACCUGUAAGGGCGGGAACAGCGGUGCUGUGAUACAAACAGACGUGCCUUCGUAGACCGCGUCCUUCGAAGGAUCCAACCCCUGAAUUGGGCCACACUGUAGAUUCAACAGGAAAGUAUAUCUCCAGGACCAGGGAUGGUGGCUGCGCUUAGAGAAAUCACUCACAAACCUCAUUUGUUAAAUGUGUAGGACGUUACAAACCAAAAACAAAGAAAGCACCAUAUGUUCUGUUUUAUUUGCUGUUAGAAGUUCUCCAUGAUGUACUGUAUGUUCAUACAAACACCUUAAAAGCUUGCCUGCUGCCUCUGGUGCCCUUUAAAUCCCACUUAAUUUAGUAACUGGUCAGAAAUGUUGCACAUACUGUAUAUAAAGAUAUAUAUAACAGCAUAUACUCUAACUGUACCUAAACAUUAAGGAAAAUGUUUGUUUAUAUUGUUGUAGUGAUUAAUAAAUUGUUCUGAAGGAA